ACUCUUGUCACAGGGGUAAGCUCAUCUCGUCACUCGUUCUUUAUUAAUACAGGUUGACAUUUAUUCUCAAUCCCAAACUCACACACACACACUCCAGCACACCUCACACAAGUACACACACUGUCUGCCAGGGACCGUCAAGGUAGCCGGGCAUUCAGGGAGCUGUGUGCCACCGGCUGGAAUCUCAUUUAUCUACUUUGCCCAUGAGGCCUGCUGCUCCUCUGGCUGCUACCAGAGUCUUCAUCAAACAUCUGGAGGGAUUUCCGUCAAACAAUCCAGUUUGCUGAAGAUGUUUCCUUGGUCCGCUGUUUUCUCCCUUGAGCCCAAAGUGCCCGGCCAGCGCACCACAGAGGAGCUGGUCGUCAAUACUCUGAUGCUGGAGCUGGGGGCCAUGGUGAAGCGCACUGAGCGCAUCCGUUUGGAGAGGGCCACAGAGGGUCGGCGCCGCCGCCGCAGCUCAUCCUCUGCAGCCGAUUACAGCUGGCUGGCCAGCACCCCGACCCCGCAGCCCUACCAGCUCACUCCCAACGACCUGCUGGAGCUGCAGGAUCUCUGUGCCAAGAUCCCUCCUGCUCAGUGUGGCCCCGUCAUUGUCAGGUUCAGAAGAAUGGUCACACAGAUGGAGCCUGAAGUGCACGAGGUCCCUCGCCUCUUUCGCACUGUGCUGCGCGACUGUGUGGACGAGGUCAACGGCAACGACGAGGUUCAGCCUCCCACCGCUUUCAUCGAGAAGCAGCAACGGAGCAAGAGCCUCUCCUUUGUCACCUUCCGCACAAAGUUCCGCACGGGGCAAAUGUUCAAAGGGAGCAACCUGAGAGGCUCCAGAGGGAACCUGCAGCAGCAGGUGGAUUGGUCAGAUGAGGAGGAGGAUGCAGAGGGAGAGGAGGAGGCCAUGAAGGCGAGGGCAAGGAAGGGCAGGAGCAAGAGCAUGCCAGAGAUCACCCCGUUGGAGCAGAGUGCUCAGGGGUGAGAAAGGAUGCUUAGAAGGGAACGACCUGAGCCACCAACAGGACAGGAAGGGAAAACCAAUAAACCCACAGAGGAAACAAAACAGGGCGGACAGCCACAAAAGAAUUCUAUUUUUGUUUGAACUAAUUGGCUUCUUUAAAUGAGUCAAAACUCUUCUUUUUUUUAAAGAAUUUUAGGAGUAACAGUCCCACUUGUGUUAAAAAUGGGAAAAUAAGGUAUAAUGUGCUAAAGGUUCAAAAUAAACCAUGCAGCACAACCAACCAUGAACUUUUAGAGCCCAUGAAGGCACUCUGUUUGUGGCUCCUUCAGUUUGUCCUUCCCUGGAACAUAUCACAUUCAGGCAUAUUUUACAUUUCUGCACAAAGUUUCAUCAGCUCAAUAACUUUUGUUUGCAAUCAUCAUUGUAGUCCAGAAAGUAGCGUACUAUAAAACAAAAGACGAGCAUUAGAGGCCAACCCUGGUCCCCAGCUGUUUUCUAGGCCAGCUUUAUUAGCUGACUCAACAGAUUCCUAAACUCACCUGAUUUAGCAUCCAACAGUCCAGGGAGAGCUGGGAAACAGGCAGGGCGGGUCAUCCCUGGAACCUACCGUGUGCUUCCAGCAUCAGAUGAAUCCUCAUGCUUCCUAUCAUUUAUCCAUUUAAAAAACACUGUCCUUUAAGAGGCAGAGCAGCAGUCUACUGUGACGAGCUCCAGAUCGCAAGAAUAAUUAGCAGCUGCUCUGAUAUUUUUACUCACAGGUAUCAAUUGACUAAUGCUGUGUCUGUUAUUUUUUUUAUAUUUUAAAUGUACAUUUCUUUCAUUUAUUUUUUGAACAAUUAAACAUACCUUGUCCUGUUUUUUGAGUGUAAUUAAAACAUUGCUUUUUUCACAAAACUGUGUUUUUAUGCAAUUUUCUUUGGAGAACUACAAAUGUCCUUUAACUCCUCAACGCCUAUUGAUGCUUCAAAACUCCAUCAGCUUCAAAAUGACCUUAAUUUAGCAUCUACAUGACAUAAAAAAGUAAGUGUUGUUUUUAUAGCUGGAAAUAAAUGCAUGGGUCAAUGGGUUAUUUUUUUUUUUUUUAAAGGAGCGUUUUAUUUUUA